ACGCGGGGUACAAGAUGGCGGCGCCCGGCGGUGGCAUGGAAGGCCCGGAGGAGGCCGAGGGGUUGGUUUUGGGACGGCUGGAGGAGGAGGCGCUGAAGCGGCGGGAGCGGCUGAAGGCGCUGAGGCAGCGCACGCUGCAGAACAAGGAGAGUGGAGAACCUGCAUCCAAAAUUCCCAGAGAAGAUGAGGAAGAGGAGCCGGUCAAGCACAGGGAGAUCAAGCUGCGGAAUUACGAUCCCGAGGAUGAGGAGCUGAAGAAGAGGAAGCUGCCCCCGGCCAAACCAGCCUCAGUGGAGGACACGGUGAAGGAGCAGCUGGAAGCGGCCAAGCCGGAACCCAUCAUCGAUGAGGUGGAUUUGUCAAACUUGGCUCCCAGGAAACCUGACUGGGAUUUGAAGCGGGACGUGUCCAAGAAGCUGGAAAAGCUGGAGAAGAGGACCCAGAGAGCCAUCGCGGAGCUGAUCCGAGAGCGCUUGAAAGGGCAGGAGGAGGAGCUGGCGUCGGCUGUGGGAUCAGCAAAGCAGGAGGGAAGCGACUCCGACUGAGGAGAAUCCAUCGGGAUUCGGAUCCAUCCGGAUCUGCCUCACACCGACUCCACCUCCCUCAGGUCCCUCCCUGUUCAGGACUGCUCAUCCCUUUUUCCCAAACUUCCCCAAUCCUGCCGUGCCUGGAGGAGAGGCAGAUCCAAGGAGUCUGGCUGGCUGCUGCUGAACUUCCAUGGAACUUCUGGGAUCGUGGGCAGGUUGAUGGGAGCAGGACAGACCCCCCCCAAAUUAGCUGGAACUUCCUUGGAGCAAGGAAAAGUGGGAAAACUCCAGGCUGGGGCUGGAAAGGUCAAUCCAGACUUGCUGGGAAAAAAAAGCAGUCGGAUCUUUUCCCAGGGAUUGGUGCUCCUGUUCUGUGCAGAGACUCCUUGAGGUUGUGAGUAUUUGGGAAUAUCCACAGCCAGCCCCAGAAUUCCUGUGGGAAGGGGCUGUGUGGCUCGGGAAUUGUUGGCUGCUCUGCAUCAGGCUGAGUGUCACGUGGGAUUUGCUUUGCUCCCGGAAUUUCCCGACCCUCCAGGAGCGUGUCCUGCUCCUCCUCUUGGGGUUUUUUUAUUGUUAAUGGAUCUUUUCCUAAUAAAACAAUUCCAUGUGAGAAAAGUU